AUGGAGAGGCCCUCGGAGCUGGGCAACCUGACCCGAGUCCAGGAGUUCGUCCUGCUGGGCCUGUCCACGAGGCCGGGUGUACAGGACGCCCUCUUUGCCACCUUCCUGACCCUGUACCUGGCCACCCUCCUGGAGAACGCCCUCAUCGUCUGCCUCGUCCGCGCCCACGGGGAGCUGCACAAGCCCAUGUACUUCUUCCUGGGCCAGCUGAGCGGCCUGGAGAUGUGCUACGUGUCCGUGGUCACGCCCACCCUGCUGGCGGGGCUGCGGGGCGGGCCCUGCCGCGUCCCCUUCGCGGCCUGCAUGGCCCAGCUCUUCCUCUUCAUCGCCCUCAUCUGCACCGAGUGCGCCCUGCUGGCCUCCAUGGCCUACGACCGCUACGCGGCCAUCUGCCACCCGCUCCGCUACCCGCUGCUCCUGAGGCCCCGGGUCUGCCUGGGCCUGGCCGCGGCCUCCUGGCUGGGCGGGCUGCUGGUGUCCGCCGCCAAGACCUCCUGCAUCGCCAGCCUGACCUUCUGCGGCCCCAACGCCCUCAACCACUUCUUCUGCGACGUGUCCCCGCUGCUCGGCCUGUCCUGCGCCCACGUGGCGCUCACCGAGCUGGUGGACUUCGUCUCCGCCGUGGUCAUCCUCUGGGGCUCCCUGCUGGUGGCCGGCGCCUCCUACGUGGCCAUCGGGAGGGCGGUGCUCCGGAUGCCCACCGCCGCGGCCCGCCGCAAAGCCUUCUCCACCUGCGCCUCCCACCUGGCAGUGGCUGGGAUCUUCUACGCGGCCACCAUGUUCAUCUACGCCCGCCCCCGCCGCAUCGACGCCACGGACCUCAACAAGGUGCUGUCCGUCGUCUACACCGUGGUCACGCCCAUGUGCAACCCCGUCAUCUACUGCCUGCGGAACAGGGAGGUGCGGGCGGCUCUCCGCAGGACCCUGCGCUGGCCCCGAGGCUGA